AUGACAGCAACAGCAACGGCAACAGCAACGGCAACAGCAGUCGACAUAUCUGCACCGGUGUCUACAUCAGAUGCACUCAUCUACUACUCAGACUACCUACUCGACGAGAUCGACCACCUUUCCAAAGUCGAGUACAACAAAAAAGGUCGCAAAUAUCGAUUCGUCAAUAACUCAUUUCAACGUAUACGACAAGAAGACAAGCAUUUGGUCAUAUGUCCCGAAAAUCUCGAUUUGAAACUCUCGCUCUAUUCUGCAUUCUCCAUAUUGAUGAAUAUCGGAGACAUCCUCACCACGUAUCCGCAAUUUUGUUGUACGAUUCUUGGUCUAGCUCGCGAAUUGGAAGUUAAUCAUUGGUAUGAAGAAGAGAAUUCGAGUAUUAUUCAUUUCAAAAAUGCUAAAUAUGACCCUCGUGUUGUCCAAUCCGAAGCAGAUGCAUUUAUAAAUCAGCAUCCCAUCACACAACAACAUAUAAACUGGGGUAUCAAUUUGCUAAUUUGCUCAAAAUUGAAUUUCCUCCAUACUGAUCAUCACAUAGGAACCAAGUUGGAAGGAGAGUAUAUGAAACGAUACGUUGAAGAGUAUUUUGGUGAAGAAGCGUUGAGUUCACUUGACGUGUUGGUGGCUUUGAAAAGUUGCGUUCAUUGGGGCAACAUCAAGGGAGUGUUGUACAAAUUGAAACUCCCUAAUCUCGAUAUCCCCCCACAAUUGCAAACCCAUUUCGCCAACUUCCCCGAACCAAACCCAGAAUUGUGCAUGAACGUAUACGAUAGAUUCCCCAGCGGCACUUCCAAAUACGCCCUCCUUCACAAAUCAUUGGAUCAACUUGGCGUAUAUUUCAAAUACGCUAAAUUAAUCACCAUUGACCCAAAAGAGUUUCAAUUUGAAUGGUUAUACAAACUAUGCCACGAUAUCGAAACCAAUCCAAUCAAGUAUCAUCUUCGAGCCAAAACAAAGCAACUCUGCAGUGAUCCAGUAAACUUGUCAGAACUAGCCAUGAAACACAAUACUCAAAUGAAUACACUCUUUGAUCUUGUCGGGUUGAUUGUCAACAUUUUCCCCGAUACUGGGGCCGAGUACUUGAUUCAAAACUCAAAGAUCCCUAAACUCGAUCAAAAGUUGAUUGAGAGGUACACGUCCUUGCACCAACGGUUGUUCAACCUUGCCAAACUGAUUGAAUCUUAUGAAACUAAGCAAUGGACUACAGAGGAUAUCAUAGCUCGUUUGCAACAAGACGAUACCAGCGGCAACAAAUCGUUACAUUCGAUCGUUAUGCAAUUCAAGUAG